AUGCCUCGUAACGUCGAAGUAAAAACAAAACUUGAUGACGUAAACGCUACUCAUCAACGUGUGAAAUCAAUGACAAAUGAGCCACCAAUAGUGUUGAAACAAUGUGAUUAUUUUUUUAAUUCAAUCAAAGGAAGAUUAAAAUUAAGAGUGCAAGAAGAUGCUCCAUGCUAUUUGAUCUACUACGAACGUCCCAAUGUCGCUGGACCAAAAUUAAGCGAUUAUUCGACAACAACCGUUACAAAUCCCGAUGAACUUAAAGAGACAUUGGAUAAAGCAUUGGGUAUUCGUGGUAAAGUCCAAAAGAAGCGUACCUUGUAUAUGAUUGGUCAAACGCGUGUUCAUAUCGAUGAAGUUCAUGGUCUUGGUGAUUAUUUAGAGCUGGAAGUUGUGCUGAGAGAUGAUGAAACAGUUGAAUAUGGUGAACGUAUAGCUCAAAAUUUAAUUGAACAAUUAAAUAUACCAAAAUAUGUACAAAUUGAAUGUGCCUACAUGGAUUUAUUAGAUAAAAAUAAUAAUUAG